CAACAUCGUCUCCAUGUUUGGGACCUGCAGGUCACGGGGGGUCGGGGCGAGGAACUUCUCGUCCCUCUCCCCUCCGCCGCCGGGAACCUUUUGGGUGACCUCAAAACGCCUCUCGGAGUGGCUCAGGGUUUCGCGGGCUGUUGCGAAACCACGUUUUCGCGCAGAAAACGGCCUGAAAUUCCCCUUCCUCCACCCCACCCCACCCCCGCCGCUUCCUUUUCCAUCCUUCACCAGGCCGCGCUUUUUCAGACGCGACCUCCCGGCUCGGAUCGCGGAGGCCCCGACGGAGGUGGAAACUCCCCACCGCCGAAAUCAAUUGAAAUAAAGAAUUCAGCGCGGCGAAGGUAAGCGCGACGGCCAUGGCCGAGCACGACCCCCUGGAGAGCCUGCGGAAGGAAGCAUCCUGCUCCAUCUGCCUGGAUUAUUUCAGCGACCCGGUGUCCAUCAACUGCGGGCACAGCUUCUGCCGCGCCUGCAUCAUGCGAUGCUCGGGAAAAUCCGACCGGAGGUUCCCUUGCCCCCAGUGCCGAGGAAUCGCCCAAAAAAAAAAAUUCAGGCCCAACCGGGAGCUGAGGAACCUGGCGGAGAUCGCCAAGAAGCUCAGCGCCAAGGCGGGAUCCGUGGCCGGGGUGGGCGGCCUCUGCCUGAAGCAUCAGGAACCUCUCAAGCUCUUCUGCCAGGAGGACCGGGCGGCCAUCUGCGUGGUGUGCGACCGCUCCCACGCCCACCGCGCUCACAGCGUUGCCCCCAUCGAGGAAGCCGCCCAGGAGUGCAAAGAGCAAAUCCAAAACAAACUGAAGAGCCUCAAGGAUGAAAGAGAAAGGCUCCAAGGAUUAAAACUGACUGGGGAGAAGAGAAGCCAGAAGUAUCUGGGGAAACCGAUUGGCAGCCUCCAAAUGCCGGUGGAGAGUGAGGUGGUUUCCCAAACGGUCGGAGGGAGGUGCUUGCAGCUUAGCGGAGCGCCGGUUUGGACGGAGGAGAUGGGCACGUGGGUCCUCCUGGGCAGAUCUGCAGGAUGGGGUGGUGGGAUGGUGCUCCAGACCUCUCUAUCUUCGCUGCAGACUGGUGCACCCCAGGAGCUGCUUCCUACCAUCCUGGAGCAGCAGACAAGAGCCGAGAGGUGGAAAACGAUGUUGGUGUUUAAGCAGCUGCAGCAGUUCCAGGACGAGCAGGAACGUCUCCUCCUGACGUGGCUGGAGGAGGUGGAGAAUCAGAUAGUGCGGACCCAGAUGGAGGACAAUAGGAAGAUCUCGGUGGAGAUCUCUCACCUGGGCAACCUCAUCCGGGAGCUUGAAGGGAUGAACCCACAGCCAGAGAAUAAAUCCCUGCAGGAUGCCAGGAAUGCUUUGACCAGGUGCGACGCAAGGACGCUCCAGCAACUGACGGAGAAAUUUCCCAGGGUGGAGAAAAGCCUGAAGGAUUUCUCUCAGAAAAACAUCGUCCUGAAGGAAGCCCUGAGGAAAUUCAAAGAGAGUCUCCCAGUUGAACUGGAUGUGCAAUGGGCAAACGUGACCCUGGAUCCAGACACGGCAAACCCCCACCUCGUCCUCUCCGAGGACCGGCGGAGCGUGAGGUGGGACGAAACACCCCAGGAUUUGCCCAGUAAUCCCCAGAGAUUUGACACCUACUGCUCCGUGUUGGGUUGCGAAGGCUUCACGGUGGGGAGGCACUACUGGGAAGCGCAGCUGGGGAGCAGGGGAUUUUGGGCUGUGGGGGUGGCCAGAGACUCGGCAUGGAGAAAGGGUUGGAUUAACCUCGACCCUUCCCAGGGGAUUUGGGCUGUUGGCAUCUGCGGGGACAGGUUUCAAGCCUUCACCUCCUUUGAAAUGGUCCAGCCGCUGAAUGGGAGGCCAAGGACUCUCCGGGUCUCUCUGGAUUACGAGAAGGGACGCGUGGCUUUCUUUGACGCUGAUAACGAGACCUUGGCUUUUGCUUUUCCUCCGGCUUCUUUCAAUGGAGAGAAAAUCCUCCCUUUCUUCUGGCUUUGGGAAUCCAGGAUCCAGCUGGCUCCCUGAGCCAGCGCGGGCAGCACGAGGGGCAUUACAGGCUCCGGACGAGCCUUUGGAUCGAUCCGGGAACCCACGCUAUAUUUCGGGACUUGAUGGAGGUCAAGAAUAAAGGGGAGCAAAUGGGUUCUGGUGUCCACUUUGGAUCUCAUUCUCAUGGGGUUUCUCAGGAGAAAGAGGAGUGAGAAGGGAUCAGCUUGGGCAAGCCUCGGGACUUUUUAACAUUUGGGGAUUCCCCAAGAUUUUCCAAGGGAAUAUCAGCCCGGGAUGAGCUGGAAAAUGAGGCCUACGCUUUGCGUGACAGCCCUGGGACACCGAUUUCACAGCUUUAAUCUCUUCUACUCCUCUACUGUCCUCUCCAAUCUUUCCUUGCCUUGACAUUCACCAACGGUGUUCUGGGUAGGGCUAAAGAAGCCGGCCCUGGUUCCUGGUUUAAU